GAGAGUGAGGGAAGCGAAGUAAGUGGAGAGGGUUGCCGCUGCGCACAAACAGAGAUUUGAUCUGUGAGUUCGGUGCUAGUCAGUUUGCACUAAGCCACCUACUGCAAACAAGGCUGCGUCGAAACAUAUACCUCUGCAACUUGUUGAAUCGGCUUAAUAAUAUAGAAACUUUGUCAGGGAAAAGUUGAGGAACUUUUGAGUGGGACUGAAUACGACCUUGGACCUAUUUAUGACAACAUUCAAGUGAAACAUUAUUUUUUGAAUGUAUGUUUUGAACUAUUUUAUUUUAUUUAUUAUAUGGGCAAAUUCACAUGAAUGUGAAUCCCUGCCAAAUAAUCGCAUUUGAAUAGACUGAAAAUAACAUCAACAUAGGGGGAACAACAUCAUUUUUAAAUACAUUUGUAUUUUUCAUCUCCAGGUGAACGAAGGUAACGAAGAAAACUGUGGAUUAAACAAAGCAGGAAUUCGGACAGAUUUUUUUCUUACUUGACUUGUAUCGGUUCACUCCGGUGUAUAUGAACGUUUGCUAAAAAGCUAUGGAAGUAUCCGCGGACCAACCCCGAUGGAUGAGCCAUCACCACCCAUCGGUGCUAAACGAACAGCAUCCCGGGUCGCACCACCCGGGCCUCGGCCACUCGUACAUGGACCCCUCGCAGUAUCCCCUCGCCGACGACGUGGAUGUACUGUUUAAUAUCGACUCACAGGGCAACCACGUAUCUCCAUACUAUGGGAACUCAGUCAGAGCCGUCCAGAGGUACCCACCUCCUCCACAUAGUAGUCAGGUGUGUCGCCCCUCUCUACUGCACGGCUCUCUGCCGUGGCUGGACGGAAGCAAAGCGAUGCAGCACCACAGCACUUCCCCGUGGAACCUGAGUCCUUUCCAGAAGAGCUCACUGCACCACGGUUCCCCGGCAGGUCUCUCUGUCUACCCUUCGGCGUCCUCCUCCUCCCUGUCCGGGGGCCACUCCAGCCCGCACCUCUUCACCUUUCCCCCCACUCCUCCGAAAGACGUGUCCCCGGACCCAGGCAUCUCCACUCCGGGCUCAAGCAGCAACAGUCGCCAACAGGAGGAGAAAGAGUGCAUAAAGUACCAGGUGUCCCUGGCCGAGAGCAUGAAACUGGAGUCUCACAGCCGGAGCAUGGCAUCAAURGGAGCGCAAUCKUCCGCCCACCAUCAUCACCCCAUCGCCACAUACCCAUCCUAUGUCCCCGAAUACGGCCCAGGCCUCUUCCCGCCAAGUAGCCUGAUAGAAGGUAGAGAGUGCGUUAACUGUGGAGCUACGUCGACCCCGCUCUGGAGGCGGGAUGGCACUGGUCACUAUUUGUGUAACGCCUGCGGACUCUAUCACAAGAUGAACGGGCAGAAUCGGCCCCUCAUCAAACCCAAGCGACGACUGUCUGCAGCAAGACGGGCAGGAACGUCAUGUGCAAACUGUCAAACGAGCACGACAACACUGUGGCGAAGAAACGCCAACGGGGACCCCGUGUGUAACGCUUGCGGUCUAUACUACAAACUGCACAAUGCCUUUUGGUUACAUCCGCGCCAGGGACUUGGAGUCCCCCUCUGACCACCAAUCCGCCUGAUUCGUUUUGGGGCGUGCUGUUUACUGUCUCACCACAUCAUUUCACUUCCUCAAUCUGAGGACCCCCAGGACGCAGUUCUCUCUCUC